CAAACAUUAUCAAAUAUGACAAAGUCUAUGUAUAAUAUUCAUACUGUAAAAGUAUAUAUUAAUAUAAAACAAUAUAAUUAUUUUCUUCAAGCAUUUUAUUCAGCAUUUAAUUCACUUUAUGUUUUUAUCUUAACAGUCUUACCCAAAACAGAACUGACUGUAGAUUCAAAGAGUCCUGACUUCACUGGAGAGACGGCCAAUCUGAAGUGUGUGAUUGAGUCUAAUCAUACUGACUGGAGAUAUAAGUGGUAUAAAGACAGUGCAAAGUUACAGUCGUCUGAUCGUUACACUGUAAACACAGACACACUCACUAUCAGAGCAUUAACUACAUCUGAUGAGGGUCAGUACACGUGUAGAGGACAGAGAGAUGAAAGACCAAACUCAUCACAGGAGAGUGAACCAAUAAAUCUGUCUGUUAAUGCUCAGAUUUCAUUCUUCAUCAUCCCCGGUUUUCUUCUGGCAGCUUGUCCGUAUCUGCUGGUGACAGUCGUGCUGCUUUACAAAUGCUCCAGAGCGAGAGUUAAAUCUCCUGAAGCCCAAAGGCAGUCGCUGUAACAGAGGAAUAAUCAUCUCUUCUCCAAAGCUCAGAGUCACAGGAUGCUGGAGUCUCAGGCUGAAGGCUGGAAACACACUGGACACGAGUCCAUCACAAGACUAACACACACACAUUCACACUCUCACUCAAUCCAGUGUCUCUGAUUCACCUGCGCUGUAGAUUAGAUUGUGAACACAACACAUGGAGAACAAGAGAACUAACUCCACACAGAAAGAGCUCCUGCUCAUCAUCGACUCCAAAACCAGUUUCUUCAUGUGUGUCAGAUUCACUGGAAGCUACUGAAAGUUACCCUUUAAAUACCACAAACAACAAUUAUAAUCUCAAAUUACAUCUGAACAACAUGCUGUUUUUAUGAUGCUAGAUGCUUUCUGUCGUCGGAGUAAAAGGAGUUUGAGUCUAAUUCUAGAAAUGUCUCUUUGCUGUUAAAUCUUUACUGAAUUUAAGGUAAAAGUAACUUUUACAGUGUUAGUAAUAUUUCAAGUCAAACACUUACUGGACUGAAGCAGCUUAUAUUAACCUGAUUAUCCAAACAUAACUGUAUUUGUUCUUCUCUCAGUUAUCAUUGUGUUGUAUUAUAUUUUCAACAUUAUAAGUAUUUGAAUAUCAUUUAUGUAAAUAUUCUGUUCUAAAGAUCUCAUUGAUUUACAUUAUCAGCUUUCAGAAUUAUAUCUCCAUAUAACUAUUAUCAUCUGCACCAAAUUACAUUUUUGCUUCGUUUGGGCCUCGGAGUAAAAUUGUGUUUUUUCAUCUUGAAUUUGAGCUCCUCAGUUUAAGUGAUUUAU